CCGAUGUUCCAAGCCACAAACGGCACCCAUGACGGCCCGCAAAAGUGGGUCAUGAUAUUGGGCUGGUUUGCUUCAAGUGUUUGUGGCUACUUGGGAUACCCGUGCGUCAAAGCUGGUUGGAUUACUCGGGCUUUUCGUGCAACCUGUGUAGGAUAUUUUAGCUGCAAUAUGAUACCGUAUUUGCUUGGGCCGUGCAAAUUUAGCGAUUAUUUACUCCGAGCGGGUUUGAUUGUAAAUUCGAUCUCCUCGUUCAUCGUUUCUGCAUUUUGGUGCGUUGGAUUUGGUGAAUGGGUGCUUUUGAUGCUUAUGGAGCACAUGUUCCAAAUUUUUGCUGCUCUGGUACUUCUGGAGAAGGACGUGGCGCCACACGUGUUUGCUACACUCGCUGGCAACAUUGUGUCAUAUUUAUUCCGAGCAGAUGUGCCUGAGUAUGAUAGCGGCAUAAGCAAAAUUGAGAAAAGGUUGUGGGCGGCAUGCACCAUUACAGUCGUGGUGCUAUUGGUCGGCGGCAUGUGGAAGAGCAACCAUCGGAGCAUCCAAUAUCUGAACCGAAAGUUCAGUGCGAUGUCCGAAAUCUUGGCGAUGUCAAACGAACAGAUGGAAAAGAUUCCUGAGACUGGACCUCUAUUGACGCCACCAACCUCACAAAAUCUUAGUGGAUCACGCAGCAGUCGCAGCAGCGAUCCGGUCUCUCCUGCGAGCGCCUCUGUUUUGGGCAGCAGUACUUGGAUCGAUGGCCUUGAGACCCUACAGUGCGUGGGGCAAGGCGCUUUUGGUUCAGUCUACUUUUGCCGCUACAACAAACGCGACGCCGCCGUGAAGGUAAUGACCUGGCAGCAGAACAAAAAAUCCAAAGUGAACCCGGUCAGAGAGGCUGAGCUGUGUCUCAAACUUCGGCAUCCUAAUCUGGUUCAGACCUACACUUUCUUCACACGAGAUGUUGGAUCAAAAGCAACGGUACAGGAGAUGUGGAUUAUCCAGGAAUGGUGUGACUUGGGGACGCUGAACAACUAUGCUUCAACAAAGCCCUAUGAACGACCGAAAGCUCGUGCGCGAAUCAAAGACAUCUUAAUCGAGAUUUGUAAGGCCACUGCCUACCUCCAUGCAUCCGAUGUGAUCCAUGGCGACCUAACGUCGAACAAUGUUCUGCGACAAAGCCUUGAUCUUGGAGAGGCGAAGGUGGUGGAAGAGGAGAGCGCAGUGUGCGACUCCUUCACUUGCAAAGUCUGUGACUCGACUCGAUCUGUAUGGAAUCCAUCUGUCAGAAUUGAUGAAUUCUAUGUACCUUUUUUUCCCAUCUUUGCAAAGUGCACUAUUUUUUACAUAGGUACAUAA